AUGUUCACUAGAACCACCACCACUAGCGACCCCAACUUGAUCUUCGACCAUCCGUCGAUUGGUCGCCUUCCUCUGCCAGCCGGCGCCGCCAGGUGGCGGAGAAGCAGCACCGAGGCGGCCCCCAGCUGCCCCAGGUGCACCUCCGCCGACACUAAGUUCUGCUACUACAACAAUUACAGCCUCUCCCAGCCCCGCUACCUCUGCAGAGCCUGCCGCCGCUACUGGACCAUGGGCGGCUCCCUCCGCAGCGUCCCCGUCGGAAGCGGCCGCCGCAAGAGCCGCCGUGCCAAGUCCGCCCGGCCUGGCCCCAAACCCGAUAACGGGCUCGAAUCCGGCCCGUGGAUCGCCGCCAGCUUGGGUGAGUACGCGAGCUCGAUCGCGGAGGGAGACGAGCCGAUCAUCGAAUUGCCAGGAAAUUGCUUCCGAAUCGAGGGCGGCGGUGAGGUUUUCGAGCACCAUCGGAAGGCAGCGACCAUGGAUGGCUCGAUCCAUCUGGCGCCCGAUCAGCUUACCGCGGGGCCAGAGAUAGACGGCGAGGAUUUACCUUGCCAGGGUUUCGGCCCGUUCGGGUCGUGGCAGGGCCAGAUCGGCGAUGAAGUGGCGGCGGGAGGAACCACCACCACUACUGACCCCAACUUGAUCUUCGACCACCCGUCGAUCGGUCGCCUUCCUCCACCCGCCGGCGCCGCCAGGUGGCGGAGCAGCAUCACUAAGGCGGCCCCCAGCUGCCCCCGGUGCGCCUCCGCCGACACUAAGUUCUGCUACUACAACAAUUACAGCCUCUCCCAACCCCGCUACCUCUGCAGAGCCUGCCGCCGCUACUGGACCAUGGGCGGCUCCCUCCGCAGCGUCCCUGUCGGAAGCGGCCGCCGCAAGAGCCGCCGUGCCAGGUCCGCCCGGCCCUGCCCGAAACCCGAUACCGGGCUCGAAUCCGGCCCGUGGAUCGCCGCCAGCUUGGGUGAGUACGCGAGCUCGAUCGCGGCGGGAGACGAGCCGAUCAUCGAAUCGCCAAGAAAUUGCAUCCGAAUCGAGGGCGGCGGCGAGGUUUUCGAGCACCAUCGGAAGGCAGCGACCAUGGAUGGCUCGAUCCAUCUGGCGCCCGAUCAGUUUACCGCGGGGCCAGAGAUAGACGGCGAGGAUUUACCUUGCCAGGGUUUCGGCCCGUUCGGGUCGUGGCAGGGCCAGAUCGGCGAUGAAGUGGCGGCGGGAGGGUUGUGGCAGUCGGAGGGUACAAGUGUGCUGGAUUUUGGGGCCGAGGUACAACAGGGGAUGCAGGUGCCGGGUUUCGGGUUGUUUUCGGGUGAUGACCCGUAUCGGGUCUCUGCGAAUCUACUGGGUGAUCCGUUCGAUUUGUCUGCUUAUGAGCUUUACUGCAAUCCUUGA